GGAAUCUGCCCUAGGGAGAGCCUGGGACCUCAGUGCCAUCACAGAGAUGGAUUUCAGAGUGAUGGAUUUGAAGCCUUCAAACAAGUCCAUUCCUGGGAGUUGGAGGUCUGAUACUGAUUUGAGUAUUCUUGUACGUACUGGCGUUAACCAGCUGUGACUGAAGGAUGCUCAGUGGAUUUGGGGCCCGUUUGCUGGAGCUGUGUAACCAGGGCCUGUUUGAAUGCCUGGCCCUCAACCUGCACUGCUUGGGGGGACAGCAGAUGGAACUGGCUGCAGUCAUCAGUGGCCGAAUUCGUCCCAUGUCUCGUGGGGUGAACCCAUCCUUGGUGAGCUGGCUGACCACUAUGAUGGGACUAAGGCUUCAGGUGGUUCUGGAGCACAUGCCCGUGGGCCCUGAUGCCAUCCUCAGAUACGUUCACAGGGUCGGUGAUCCCCCCCAGCCCCUUCCUGAGGAGCCAAUGGAAGUUCAGGGAUCAGAAAGAACUUCCCCUGAACUUCCCCUCAUUUAA